CAACAAACAAACAAUCAUUUAUUGAUUGAUUUAUGUUUAUUAUAUAUUAGUCUUAUUCUUUAUGUCCAAUAAACUAUAUUCAAUUCUUUCAUAUUGAAUUUCAACAUUUACAAAUACCGUUGAAUAUAAAACAAAGAUGAGUCAAUAUAAUGACAGAUUUCUUUUUACUGGUGAAGUUAACCGAAAUCACUACAGGACAAAUUUAAUACAAAGAUAUUUCAAACUAUCACUUUAAUUGAACAAUUUUGAAGAAAAGUUUCAUGAUAAAUGAUUAGAUAAAAACAAUGGAAUUACUUCAAAAGAAAUACUCUGAAGAGAUGACAGAAGAUGAUAUAUUUAAAUUACAUGAAGAAUUAGAAAAUGCACGAGUACAAAAUAAUGAAAUGAAAACAGCAUUAAUUGAAGCUCGUACUAUUAUUGAUCAACAACAAAAUCAAUUAACGGAAUUUCGACGAUAUGCUGCACAAUAUCAAACUGAUGCUGAAGCAUUUAAAAUGAAAAGUAUGUUUUUACUAAAUAAUACACAAACACAUGAUGAACAAGUCAAUAUAUUAAUUAAUGCAUGUGAACGUUUAGAAGCGGAAGUUGAUGCACUCACUUGGCAAUUAGAUCGAACUAAACAAUCAUUAGAUUUAAAAACACAAGAAUGUAAUUUUCUUAAUGAACAAUUAGAUGAAAUACAAUUGAAUGGUAGUUAUCAUAGUCCUAAUUUAACAGUAGAUAAUAAUAAUCAUAAUACUAAUCUUCAUACAAGUAGUAUAAGUAGAUUAGAUAAAUUAAAAACUGGUACUGAUCAAUGUAAUUCUAUAUUAAGUACAGAAUAUAAAUCAUUCACAGGUAAUAGUCAAUUAUUACAAAGGAAUACAAUGAUGUCAGAAUCAGAUAUAAAUAAUGAUAUAAAAAAACUUCAUAAUGAAAUUAUUAAUUAUGAAAAAAAAGAAAAACAAUGGGAAGAAACACAUGAAGAAUUAUUACAGAGACAAAAAUUAUUAGAAGAAGAGAAAAAACAACAAGAUUUAAUUAUUGCUCGAUUAGCUAAUGAACAAGUAGUUGGAAAAAACCUUAAUAACUCACAGAAUGAUAACAAUCAACAUGAUGAAAUUCCAGCUGAAAUUAUAGCUAAAUUAAAUAAUUUACAUGAAGAAAAAACAACAUGGAGAUUGUAUGCAACAAGUUUAGUACGUAGUUUUGUUGAAAAUUGUGAAGAAUUUAUACGUAAAACACCAUAUAAUGAACCAUAUUUUGAAAGUGAAACUGAACGUCGUUGGUAUACAUAUUCAAUGCAUUUAUUAGAAAAUUUAUUAAAUGUUGCACCAUAUCAAUUAUCUAAAACUGAUUUAAACUUAUUAAAACGUACUAAAAAUCCAAUAACAAAUCAUUCAAUGUUCCAACAAACAACAGAAUCGAAUAAUCCACCAGAAUUAUUGACUGCAUUAGAUUUUCCAUCACAAGUUCAAUUAAAUAAUUCAUAUGUAGAAGGAGGAGGAGGAAGAAAUAUACAAUUCGAUGGAUUAGUACAACAACAACAAUCACAAAAUACAUUUACACAAGGAUAUGAUUCAUAUAAUCGUGAAUCAAAACAAUCAUAUCAACAACGUGCAGCUCGUGCAGCAUCGAAACCAUUGACAAAUUUCUAUCGUAAGAAGAAGUAA